AUGAAGACAACUAUAGGGUUGUCUCCUUUUCAGUUGGUAUAUGGAAAAGCAUGUCAUUUACCAGUGGAGAUGGAGCAUCGAGCUUUGUGGGCUUUGAAGUUCUUAAAUUUUGAUCCAUUUGAUACCGCUGAUAAGAGAAAAAGACAAAUUCUUGAGUUGGAAGAGAUGCGUUUUCAUGCUUAUGAGUCUUCCAAGAAUUAUAAAGAGAAGGUAAAAUUUUGUCAUGACAAGAAGUUGGUAAAAAAGGUUUUUAAUCCAGGGCAGCAGGUCUUGUUAUUCAACUUACGUCUAAAGUUUUGCCCUGGAAAGUUGAAUUCCAAGUGGUCUGGACUGUUUAAAGUUAAGGAUGUUAAAACUAUCCAGAACCGGUUAAGGUAUUUUAUGCAAACAUGA